AAGGAGGUAACCCCCUUAGGCUUAAAAACGGGAGAGGUUACGGUCCUCCCCUUUACCCCUAAGAAGAAAAGAUGCUUUAGAGAAGCCCUUAGUGCGGAUAAAAUGCCCUCGCCCAGUUUUAAUAGAGUAAGACUGAGCGCAGCGGCGACAGUGACUGCGGCAGGCCUUAUCGCCUCUAUCUUCAACAGUAUAAAGGAAGCCACCGACCUAAAUAAAAAGGGGAAAUCCCUUACUAAGAACAAAAUUAUAAACCAAAUUAAUGAAAUUAAUGUAUAA